UUAGUGCUCCAUUGAGAUAUGAGCGGAGUCAUAAACGCAGCACUCCUAUGAGAAAUCCAUAAGUCACUAACACAGUAAUAACGUCGCAAAAACCAGCGGAAUUACAAGAGUUCUACUGCCGCAAUUCUCGUCUACAAUGAGAGAACUUCACUUUAAGGAUUACUUUUGGAACGGGGAGCUGACCAGUACCGGGGGUUAUGACUAUAUCAUCCAGCACCUCAACGAUGGUAAGAGGACAUGCAAGGAGAUAGAAGACUUCAUGAAAGCCAGAGCAUCCAUAGAGGAGAAGUAUGCCAAAGAGCUACUGGGUCUCUCCAAGAAGGUGUGUGGGCACAAUGAGAUGAACACACUGAAGAGAUCGCUGGACGUGUUCAAACUGCAAACUGAACAUGUAAGUUUAUCACACCUACAACUGGCACAAACAAUGCGGGACGAGGCGAAAAAAAUUGAGGACUUCAGAGAAAGACAGAAAGAGGCAAGAAAAAAGGUAGAACAACAGAUGGAUGCCCUACACAAACAGAGGGCCACACAGUUCAAGAAAGCCAUGGAGUCAAAGAAGACAUACGAGCAGAAGUGUCGAGACAAAGAGGAAGCAGAACAGAACAUGAACCGUAAUGCUAGCACCAGCAAUGCCAAGCAGCAGGAAAAGCUAUUGACAAAAACACUGCAAGCAAAGCAGAAUGCAGAAGAAGCUGACAGGCUAUACAUGCAGAAUGUGUCUGUGCUGGGAAAAACCAGGGAGGACUGGCUGAACGAACACAUUAAAGCAUGUGAGGUAUUUGAGAAGCAGGAAGUGGAGAGGAUCAGUACUCUAAGGAACAUGGUGUGGACUCACAUCAACCAGCUCUCCCAGCAGUGUGUCACCAGCGAUGAGCUUUAUGAAGAAGUGAGGAAAUCUCUUGAACAGUGUGACAUACAGGAGGAUAUAGAACACUUUGUGAACCUCAGACGGACUGGGGACAAACCACCUGCUCCUGUUCUGUAUGAGAACUUCUACAGCAGUCAGAGGGUCUCCGUAGCACCAUCAUUCUCCCGAACGGCUCCUCCUAUCACCAGGAGGGGACCAUUGCCUAAUCCAACCAAUACCGAAGGUGACGUGAUCUACUCAACUGUAGAUCCAGGCUACAGUGCUCAACGAUUCUAGCACACAUAUUCAGAGUUUUCGAUGGAUAUUGACUGCCUGGUGGAUUUACACAGAAGGCUGAGUGUGGAUUCCUUCAUUGAUGGAUAUAAAGAGUUGUAAUUCAACAGUGACACCUAACAAACCAACUAGCGAAAUAUCAGCAAUGCUGACGUUAAUUUGAGUACGUGUCGCCAUUGUGGUUUUAUAGCUGUGUUAUAAACAGUAAGAUGACGUGUCAUAGCUGUAUUAUAAACAGUAAGAUGACGUGUCAUAGCUGUAUUAUAAACAGUAAGAUGACUUCUCAUAGCUGUAUUAUAAACAGUAAGAUGACGUGUCAUAGCUGUAUUAUAAACAGUAAGAUGACGUGUCAUAGCGCAAUAUAUGUAAAUAGGUUCCUGAAUGUAUGAAUAUAUUUCGUUUUGUACAGCCUAAACCAGGAAAUGUUGUUAAAGCAAAAAUGAAAGUAAUCACUUUAUAAGUUAUUAACAUUUGGGACACCAGACAUUCCAAAGCAUAUUGCAACUUUUCAAUAUUAGAUGGUUACAGUACUUUUAUUUGUUGAUUAAUAACAUGAAUAUUACAACAAUACAGGUACAUGAUCUAAACCUUUUAAAGUUGCUUGAUAAAGGCAAAAUAAUUUAAAUAUUUGUUGUGGAUCAAUAAAUAUGCUUGUGACAGUCACUUAAUUAACACAUCAUUUGUUAUCUUUGUAGCACCUAGUUGUUUCCUGUUGUGGUCUAUAAUAAUCUGAUUUGUGUGUAUUUGAACACUGUACUUUGUGUUACUCAGGCUAGUUUCUGGUUGAUGAUUGCACACAGAUCUUGAUAAGAAAAACGAAUAAAGGGCAGUUUAAGGUUGCAUGAAGUA